AUUGAAGCGGUUAUCGCUGGUGGUGGUAAUGUCUUAGUGCACUGCGUAGCAGGGGUAUCCCGUUCUGCCACAAUUUGCCUCGCAUUUCUCACCAAAUUCCGGUGCAGUUCACUCAGACAGGCUUACCAAUUGAUGGCAAGCAAACGACCACUUGUGAGGCCCAACAUUGGCUUCUGGCGACAGCUUAUCGCUUUCGAACAGGAAGUGAAACAGAAUGUAGCGUCAGUUCACCUAGUGCGAGAUAAGCUGCAUCCAGAUCUACUUAUUCCAGACGUUUAUGAAGAGAACGCUGCCGAGGUAGCAACUCUGAUAAAUUAUAAACCCGAUGGCAGUAAGGAGGAAGGAUUGUGCAGCGACGAGAGGCGCGGUCGUCGUAACUCAGGCGGUAAACUGAAAUUUCAACCAGUGCUGGAUCCUGUACUCGAAUGUGUUGAGGCUGCGGCAUGA